AUGGAUUUAGAUAGCUCCGACGAAGAAAUAUAUUUGUUAGCAAGAUUACUUGAAAUAGAACAUAGGAAACGUAAGCGCAAGCGGAAACAAAUAUGGGUAAAACAUAUUUGGAAAAACAGACUAAUCCAUGGGGAGUUUCACACCAUUUUCGAGGAAUUGAAGAGAGAUAGCCUAAAAUUUUAUGAGUAUUAUCGUAUGGAAUAUUGGCAAUUUUUGAAAUUGACAGAUUUGUUAAGAGUACAUAUAACAAAAAAGACUACAAAUUAUCGUUGCACCAUUACAGCCGAAGAAAGGUUAACGGUAACUUUAAGAUUCCUCAUCACUGGUUGCAGUUUCAAAAACUUGUCAUUUAAUUUUCGAAUGGGAAUUUCUACAGUUCAUUCAAUUAUUCAUGAGACAAUCAGAGUAAUUUGUGAUGUUUUGAUGCCCAUAGUUAUGCAGAUGCCAGAUGAAGAAAUGUGGGAAAAGGUUUCACGUGAUUUCUUUAAUAUUUGGAAUUUUCCUAACUGUUUGGGCGCUAUAGACGGAAAGCAUGUCAAUAUACAGGCACCAGAUAAUAGUGGAAGCUUAUACUAUAAUUAUAAAAACUUUUUCAGUACAGUGUUACUAGCUGUGGUCGACGCGAAAUACAGUUUUUUAAUUGUUGAUGUCGGAUCAUAUGGUAAAAAUAGCGACGGCGGAAUUUUACAGAAUUCAAAAUUUUGGAAAAAACUCAACACCAAUAAGUUAAAGCUGCCCCCAAAUAAACCUCUACCUAGUACCACUGAAAGCUUACCACAUGUUUUUAUAGGAGACGAGGCAUUUCCUUUGAGCAAUAAUAUAUUGCGGCCGUAUCCAAGAGAACAAGCAAGAACAGAAUUAUCAAAAAAAGUAUUUAAUCUGCGUUUAAGCAGGGCAAGAAAAGUCGUAGAAUGUGCAUUUGGAAUGCUAACUCAAAGAUUUGAAAUUUAUCAAAAACGAAUGAAAAUUCAGCCGAAGUACUGUGAUUUAAUUAUAUUAGCAACUACAUGUUUACAUAAUUUUUUAAUAGAAAAUCGGACGCCAGGACAAGAGAAUGAAUUUCACAGCAAUAUAAAUUUAUUAACAGCAAUAACAGACAAUAAUAAUGAAAACAGUUCUAAUAGCGACGCAGUUCUAACCACAAGGAAUAAAUUUAAGGAUUAUUUUUCAUCAAGUGGUGCUUUAGAUUGGCAAGAUCAAGUGGCUACGCGAGUUUCUUAA